CUCUCUCAACACCCACACCUUCUUCACAUUCUCUCUACACAUUGUGAGAGCACUAGUACCUCUUUCAAGAAAAAAGAGGCAAGAAAUGGCCAUGGCAACUAACAUUCUCUCUCUCCUCUUUCUCUUCUCUCUCCUCUCAACUCUCAGUCUCAUCUCUUCUUCCCCACACCAAGACCCUGAGUUAGUUGUCCAUGAAGUACAUAGGAAUAUAAAUGCUUCGAGGAGGAACUUGGGAUUUUUGUCAUGCGGAACGGGGAAUCCCAUCGACGACUGCUGGCGAUGCGAUCCCGAGUGGGAAAAAAAUCGCCAGCGUCUAGCGGACUGUUCAAUCGGAUUUGGGAAAAAUGCUAUCGGAGGCCGAGACGGGAAAAUUUACAUCGUCACAGAUUCUGGGGACGACGAUGCAGUGACCCCGAAGCCGGGGACACUGAGGCAUGCAGUGAUCCAAGACGAGCCACUAUGGAUUAUUUUCCAGCGUGACAUGGUGAUCAGAUUAAAAGAAGAAUUAAUUAUGAAUUCUUUUAAAACAAUUGAUGGCAGGGGCGCUAGUGUACAUAUUGCUGGUGGUCCAUGCAUAACAAUUCAAUACGUGACAAAUAUAAUCAUCCACGGGAUUAAUAUUCACGAUUGUAAGCAAGGCGGCAACGCGAUGGUCCGGAGCUCGCCGCGGCACUUCGGGUGGAGGACCAUCUCGGACGGUGACGGUGUUUCGAUUUUCGGGGGCAGUCAUGUGUGGGUCGAUCAUUGUUCUUUGUCGAAUUGCGAAGACGGGCUAAUUGAUGCGAUUAUGGGGUCCACUGCGAUAACGAUAUCGAAUAAUUUUAUGACUCACCACGACAAGGUUAUGUUGCUGGGACAUAGUGAUUCUUAUGGUCAGGAUAAGAAUAUGCAGGUUACUAUUGCUUUUAAUCACUUCGGUGAAGGCCUCGUCCAGAGAAUGCCUAGAUGUAGACAUGGCUAUUUCCAUGUGGUGAACAAUGACUACACGCACUGGGAAAUGUACGCGAUUGGUGGGAGCGCGUCGCCGACAAUUAACAGCCAGGGGAACAGAUUUCUUGCCCCAGACCGCAGAUUCAGCAAAGAGGUGACGAAGCACGAGGAUGCGCCAGAGAGUGAAUGGAAGAACUGGAAUUGGCGAUCAGAAGGUGAUCUGAUGCUAAAUGGUGCGUUUUUUACGCCAUCAGGCGCAGGAGGAGCUUCGUCGAGUUACUCCAGGGCUUCCAGCUUAGGCGCAAGGCCAUCGACUCUAGUAGGUCAGCUUACAGUGGCCGCGGGUUCACUUAACUGCAAGAAGGGGUCGCGAUGCUGAUAGCUGAAGAUCAAAUCUUGUUCGGAUCCUAAUUUACGACUACUGUUAAUUGCUAAAAGUUAAGCUUGAUUUGCUUGUUUAUACUGAAGUUAGUUUGAAUUAGCUGGAGAGGAUGAAAAUGUAGCAGGCACAAUUAGUCCAAGUCCUACUUUUAGUGUCUUCUGUUUUUCUCCAGAAUUGCCUUUUGUUAAGGCUUGUUUUAAGUACAACCUCGGCUUGUAAAACUCUCUUCAGUCAAGAGAGAACAAGUUUAGAAGUGUUGAUAUAUAAUGUAUACUUUUUGGAAUCA